GCACCCGGUAACGUGACUGUAAAAUGUGGUCUAUAUAAUGAUCAUAGCUAAUUCCUGUGAGAUCAUAUUGGACAUCGCCUCAGUGGAAUACGGACUACAUCUUACUGAGAUAUCACUGAAGUAAUGGCAAAUUUAUUGAAAGUUCUUAUUCUUGGUUUAACAAUAUGUGGUUUUUUAGUGGCAUCGACAACGGGUAACGAAUCUUCAAAUAGAAAUGAUUACAAAUGUGCACGACCUGGAAUUUGCAUCGAUGGUACGGGAAAAGAGUUCAGAUGCGUCGUUAAAAAUACGGAAUGUUGCGUGAAUUCACAAAACAUACUCAGUCUUUACCAUGCACCACGAGGAAUGACAUGCUGUGGCGGGGAUGGAAUGUUUCAUGAACAAACACAUGAUUGUGUAAUAAAUGAAAAAGGAGAUGGGAAAAUACAACUUCGAGAAAAUGUCAUAUUUUGCCCCGGAACUGAAAUGUAUUACAAUCCCUCGAGUCAAUUUUGUAGUACCGGAGAAAGUGGAAAAACUGAAGUUUUGAUGCUGAAAGAUUAUUCCCUCAACUCAGCAUCGCCAUACACCGACGUUAAUAGGCCUUAUACUUGCGUAAGCUCGCGAGUAUGCUCCGAUUCAUCAGGACGACGGUUUAAGUGUACGGAGAAAAAUGUAGAAUGCUGUUUGAAUAGUUUCAAACAGCUUGUUUUCUCCAACGCAAAAAGAGGAAUGACGUGUUGUGACGGAGAUGGAAUGUAUCUGGAACAAACUCAGGAAUGUGUUGAUGGUAAAAUAACGCUGAGAAAAAACGCUAUAGUUUGUCCUGGCACGGAAAUGUACCACAACCCCUCAUCUCAGAUCUGCUGUACGGGUAGCAGUGGACUAACUGAAAUACAUAUGAUUGAAGAUGGUAAACUAUGUUGUGGCACAAACUACAUUAAAAACUCUACUACGGGUUGCUGCUCCGAAGAAGCAUAUGACAGAAAGGCUGAAUGCUGUAAAAAUCGAAUUAAGGCUCCGGCUAAAGAAUGCGUUGACCCAACGGGAGAUGAUUCGAGAAAGAAUUCGAGAUUGAAAUGCACAAAAGAAACAGUAUGUUCAGAUAGAGAUAUGGAGAAACGAUCGAAGUCAUUUAAUCACUGGUCUUACAUGUACACAUUCGAAGUAAGCAGGUUCAAGCGAGAAACUGAAACUCAUCUAGUAUACAGAGUUAAAUUAUGUAGACAGUUUAUUGGAACAAGACGCAAAAAGAUUGGAACCGAACAAUGCAACUUGAAAUAUAUUGAAAUACCCAGAUGUGAAUGCCCAGGACAACUUGUGCCUGGCGUUAAUUAUGUUCUACGUACAAGACAAAAACUCAAUUCUAGAAGAAUGGUGUUGAACGGAAAAAAGUUUUAUAUCUCCCAAAAUAAAUUGUAGAUAAAAAGUCGAAAUGUAUUUUUUCGACAAAGUGUAUUUUAUAUUUCUUUGCCACAAAUAAGUUAUGAGACAAUUUUUUUUUCUUUAAAAAAAGAUGCAUGUGUAUUUUUAGUUAUUUUGUAAUUAUAUAAUACGCUAAUUUAAUUUUUCUUAUUUAUUUGUAAAUAAUACUUUUCUAUAUUUUUUUUACCUUCCUACAAGAAUUUGAUAUUAUACUGUCACUACUGUACUGACAACUGUUAUGCUUUUUUUGUGCAAUUUUCUAAACAGACUGCUAUAAUCAUUGUAUUUUUUUUUCAAUUUUUUUUAUUUAUGUGCGAUCGCCUUGUUACAGUUUCAUGAUAAAGAUGCUCCGGUCCAAACGUCUCAGCCAUUUUUGCCAUGUGGGGUUGACUAGUUUUAACACCGAUAUUUACAAUAUUUCAUAACACUGAAAGUUAAUCAAAAAUUCUAUUUUUGGAGCUCGGUUUACAAAUUUGAAACAUUAUUAUAUUCAGUAAAUAUCAAACUAGGUUUUGAAUAUGGAAUUAUAUAUUAGUAUUACAAAUUGCCGUGUUGUAAUAUAUUAACAAUUGGAUUUAAAAAUUACAUCAUGGAUUCUACAAAGCCAAUUUUUUUAAGUUAAAUAAAGUGCGAUUUGGAAACUUUUCUAUAUACCAUGUUACUAUAAGAGAGUUGUAUUUGAGCAUAUUUAACUUUAAUUUUGAUAUAGAUGAAUUAUUUGUCUUUCCUCGUGUUACAUAAUAUAUUCUACAUCCAAACAACUUUGCUUUGUUGUACAUAUUUUUUAUCACAUAUUUAUUUAGGUGUACUUUAUAUCAAAAUGUGUUAGCUGCGCUUUAAAAUACGCGACCAUUAGAUCAGAAUGGCCGCCAAAAUAUUUUUAAAACCAAAGAAAUUUUCCAAAAAUUAUUCUAAACAAAUUGGAUGUGCAAAACUUGGUGUUUCAUGAAAUAUUUGGUACACAUUACUUCAUAUUUUUGAUAUUAUUUUCAAUAUAUCUUGAUUGGCAAUUAGGACUUAUUUUUACUAAAAUCAACCUUUUGUUUAUUACUUUUUUAGGAAAAUUGUAGUUUGAUUGUAAAGUUUUUUAAGCACAUUAUUUAUAUGUAUAUUUUUAGAAAUUUAAGUUUAAGCCUUUAAGACAAUGUAAAUGGAAUAAAAGUAUUGUA